AUGGGGUAUAGGAGGGGAGGGGAGAAUAAGGAAAAGAAGGAGGAGGAGGAAUGGGGUUCAAAGGGGAGAAUGAGGAGGAAAGAGAGGGAAGAAGAGAAAGGAGGAGGAAAGGAGGGUGGGAAGAGGGGAGGAGAAAGGACGGAUAAAAGGAGAAGGAGGAGGAAAGGAAAGGUGGGUGGAAAGAGGGGAAGAAGGAGGAAAGAGAGGGUGUGGAAGAGGAGGAAGGAGGAGGAAAGGAGGGAGGAAAGAGGGAGGAGGGGAGGAAAGGAAAGGUGUGGAAAGGAGGGGAUGGGAAGGAAAGGAAUGGAGGAAAGGAGAAAGGAGGAGGAAAGGAAGGGAGGAAAGGAAAGAGGGGAAAAGGAGGAAGAAAGGAAGGAAAGGAAAGAGGUGGAAGAGGAGGAAGGAGGGAAAAGGAAAGAGAGGAAAGGAGGAGGAAAGGAGGGUGGAAAGAGGGAAAGGAGGAAAGGAAAGGGUGUGAAAGGAAAGAGAGGGGAAGAAAAGAGGUGUGGAAAGAGGUGGAAAGGAAGGAGAGGAAAGGAGGAAGUGAAAGAGGAGAAGGAGGAGGAAAAAGGAAAGGAAAGAAAAAGAGGAGGAAGGAGGGAGGAAAGGAGGGUGGUGAAAGAGGGAAGGAGGAAAGGAAAAGAAAGUGGUAGGAAGGAGAGGAGGAAGGAGGAGGAAAGGAAAGGGAAAGAGGGGAAGGAAAGAGAAAAGGAAUGGAAGGAAAAGAGGAAAGGAGGGUGUGGAAAGAGGGGGAGGAAGGAAAGGAAUGGAGGAAAGGAAGGAAGGAAAGGAAAGGAAAAGGAAGGAAAGGAAAGAGGAGGAAAGGGAGGAAAGGAAAGAUGGAAAGGAGGAAGAAAGGAAAGGAAAGAAAGAGGAAAGGAAAGGAAAGGAAAGGAAAGAGAAGGAAAGAAAGGAAAAGAGGAGGAGGGAGGAGGAAAGGAGGGUGUGAAAGAGGGGAAGGAGGAAGGAAAGGAGGGUGUGAAAGUGGGAAGGAGGAAGAAAGGAGGGUGGAAAGGAGGAAGGAGGAGGAAAGGAGGGUGGAAAGAGGGGAAGGAGGAAGAAAGGAGGAAAAGGAAAGAGGGGAAGGAGGAAGAAAGGAGGAGGUGUGAAGAGGGAAGGAGGAAGAAAGGAGGGGGAAGGAGGAAGAAAGGGGGUGUGAAGAGGGGAAGGAGGAAGAAAGGAGGGUGUGAAAGAGGGGAGGAGGAAGAAGAAAAGGAAGGAGGAAGAAAGGAGGGUGUGAAAGAGGGGAAGGAGGAGAAAGGAGGGUGUGUGAAAGAGGGGAAGGAGGAGGAAAGAGGGGGUGUGAAAGAGGGGAAGGGGGGGAAAAGAGGGAAGGAGGAAAAGGAGGGGUGUGAAAAGAAAGGAGGGUGGGGAAGGAGGAAGAAAGGAGGGUGUGGAAAGAGGGAAGGAGGAAGAAAGGAGGGUGUGAAAGAGGGAAGGAGGAAGAAAGGAGGGUGUGAAAGAGGGGAAGGAGGAAGAAAGGGGGGUGUGAAAGUGGGGAAGGAGGAAGAAAGGAGGGUGUGA